AUGGUCGCCGCAUUUGACAUCCCCGCCCGCCCCCAGAACGUCGGCAUCAAGGCCGUCGAGAUGUACUUCCCCAAGCGCUGCAUCUCGGAGGAGGACCUCGAGGAGUUCGAUGGCGUCUCCAAGGGCAAGUACACCAUUGGCCUCGGCCAGAAGUACAUGGCCUUCACCGACGACGUUGAGGACAUCAACUCGGUUGCUCUGACUGUCGUUUCGUCCCUUCUUGAGAAGUACAACAUCGACCCCAAGUCGAUUGGCCGCCUCGACGUCGGCACUGAGACCAUCAUUGACAAGUCCAAGUCGACCAAGACCCUCCUCAUGGACCUCUUCGCCAAGCACGGCAACCACGACAUUGAGGGCAUCGACUCGAAGAACGCGUGCUACGGCUCGACCGCCGCGCUCUUCAACUGCAUCAACUGGAUGCAAUCAGAGUCGUGGGACGGCCGUAACGCCAUUGUCAUGUGCGGUGACAUUGCCAUCUACAAGGAGGGCUCUGCGCGCCCCGUCGGCGGCAUGGGCGCGUGCGCCAUGCUCAUCGGCCCUGACGCUCCUAUUGUCUUUGAGCCCGUCCACGGCACCUACAUUGCCAACACCUGGGACUUCUACAAGCCCGACCUGUCGGCUGAGUACCCCACUGUUGAUGGCCCCUGGACCAUCAAGGCGUACCUUGGCGCGCUCGACAACGCGUACAACACGUACAUUGAGAAGGCUGCGGCGUCGCGCGCUCGGGCUGCCAAGAAGGCGGCUGCUGCCGGUGCCAACGGACACACGAACGGGCACACCGACAACGAGAACGACCUGACCCAGUUCGACUACGUCUGCCUGCACUCGCCCUACGGCAAGCUCGUCCAGAAGGGGCACGCGCGUCUCUUCUACAACGACUUCCUGCGCAACCCCUCGCACGCGUCGUUUGCCAACAUCCCCGCUGAGAUCAAGGACAUCGACCCCACCAAGACGUACACUGACAAGCUCGUUGAGAAGACGUUUGUCGGCCACGCUGCCGAGCACUACAACAGCGCCGUCGUGCCCGGAUCCGACUGCGUCAAGCGCUGCGGCAACAUGUACACUGCGUCGCUGUAUGGUGCGCUCGCCUCCGUGCUCGCCAACGUUGCGCCCACCGACAUCCUUGGCAAGCGCAUCGGCAUGUACGCUUUCGGCUCUGGUUGUGCUGCGUCGUUCUUCGCUCUUCGCGUCAUCGGCUCCACUGAGGUCAUCCAGCAGAAGAUGGCACUCAAGGAGCGCCUCGCCGCAAUGGAGGUCGUACCAUGCCAGCGCUACGUGGACGGCCUCAAGCUCCGCGAGGACAACCACAACGCCAUCGAGUACCUGCCCAAGGGGUCUCUUGAGAACGUGUGGCCUGGCGCGUACUACCUUGAGGGCAUUGACGGUCUCUUCCGCCGCACCUACAAGCAGAAGCCCGUUGCGUAG